UCUGCGUCCAGCUGCCCCGGACCGAGCUCGGGUGUAUGGGGCCGUAGGAACCAGCUCCGGGGCCCUGAUAAUGGGCCGCCCCCGCAGCACCCCAGCUUGGCGUGAGGGUCGCCUUUGAUCUGAGAAUGGCUACCUCUCAAUAUGAGCCAGUGGCUGAAAUUGGUGUCGAUGCCUAUGGGACAGUGUACGAGGCCCGUGAUCCCCACAGUGGCCACUUUGUGGCCCUCAAGAGUGUGAGAGUCCCCAAUGGAGGAGGAGCUGGAGGAGGCCUUCCCAUCAGCACAGUUCGGGAGGUGGCCUUACUGAGGCGACUGGAAGCUUUUGAACAACCCAAUGUUGUCUGGCUGAUGGACGUCUGUGCCACAUCCUGAACUGACCGGGAG